AUGUCUCGAUGUCGCAAAAACUUUGAAUUUGGGGAAGAGAAGAAACAGACGAGUCAAAAACCUCUCAUAAAAAGAGUAAGCAAAAACGCCUUUGAUGUGCCGGGAUUGUUUGUAAACGGUAAGAAAGGGGAAAUACAUGAUGGUGAAUCUUUCGCUGAUCGUUGGUCACAUCGUGGGGGGAAAAAUGUGCUUCAGGGUGGUUAA